UCCUUCGUCGAUCGAAAAUAAUCAUUUUUUCAAAAUUUCAUUAGGGAAAGAGAGAGAGAGAAAAACAAGGGGGUUUGGUGAUAUUCAAAAAAAGGGGGUAAAACGAAAAUACAGUGCGCUAUGAAAUAACAAAUCAAUGAUAUAAUUCGAAUUAUAGAAUGAUGCUGUUCGUCAAGUGAUCACAACAAAAACUCGAGAGAGCCAGUGAUUAUUAUUAUUAUUAUUUUAUUAUUUCGUUUAAUAAUUUUUAUUUGUUUCCUUUUUUUUUUUCUUAUACAUUAUACAAUUAAAUUUUGAAAAUUAUUAUUGCUGGGAUCUUUUGGAAACUACAAAACUGACUCAGAAAUCUAAUCGCCGAUCUAAACGCAGGUCGAGAGGAUCGAGCGGUACCGCUAGCAUGAAAGUGGACGGUGGAGUGGCGAGUACGACGGUCCUUCAGAAAGUCAAGGUUAAGGAAGAGGCAAAGGAAUGUUGCAGCUUUCAGCAGGUCUCGGCAACGUCAUCGGGGGGUUCGAGCGUGGUCGUGGUUGUUUCGACGGUGACUGCAGCCUCGACGACGACGGCGACCGUCAUUGCAACGACCUCGAGCAAUUGCAACAGCAAUGGUCUAACCACUGUUGGAAUAGCAGCAGCUACUCUUACGAGUACCCCUACGACCACCACCACCGUACCUACCACGUCCUCAACCUCGAAUUCUCUUCAAACCUCUGCCAUUAUCUGUCAUCCAUCGACACCGGCAACCAUUGUGGCCACCAGUACUGCUCAGACACCUGAACCUUUGCCUGUAGACCUCGACCUCAAGAGUAAAAAUAAGGCGAGUCCUACCAGCAGCAGAGAUAAAACAUCGAGGGAUGAGAAUAAUCACUCCGAGGUCCUAUCACCGUCUUCUCAACAUCAUCAAAGACAGUCAACUCAAAGCAAUGGCUCUCGAUCGGAGUAUAAAGGUCAGUUGGGUUGCUCCAGGUCGUCGGACAACGAUAGCCCCAUGUCUUCGCAGCCUCUCAAACCUGAUGUUGAGGAAUCUACCGGAGGAACGUCAACCGGAACAUCAGCUGGGCCAAUCUCUGCUCCUGCUACUGUUACUGCCUCUACCACAAGUGGGCCUUCAGCUACCUGCAGAAACGAGGAACAAAUCGAGGCCAGCCCACUACUGUCAAAUGGCGUCAGGUGUAUCACCGGGUUUUUUGCUGGUCAUGGAAAACUCAAAAGGCUACUUGGCACCCUCGUCCAAUUCGCAACUGACAUAUCAGCCGACACCGGAGACACUGUACGGACCUUGGUACUCGCUCUCUUGAGCGGGACUAUGACUGCUGAAGAAUUUCACUCUGCUUUGCAAGAGGCCACGAACUUUCCAUUGAGGGGAUUCGUUUUACCAUACUUGAAACAUACUCUACCAUCUUUGCAAAGGGAUUUGAAUACAGCUGCUAGAGCUAGUAAUCAAACAUGUGCACAAUUCCUUCGGAAUAACGAAACGGCGAUAUUGGAGGCAGUCGGCUUGGUACAAUCAGGCGAAUCCGUUGAAAUUUUUGGAGAACACGGAGGAAACGGACUCGGAAGUGGAAACACCAGCGGUAACCAGUGCCCACCGUAUUAUUCGAUGCGUUCUAACUCUAAUCCGAAUGUCGGGGCUAUUCAACACUCGAACAAUGCCACUAACGCCUUGCACCAUUACUCUGGUUCCUCCUCUCACGCACCAAAACGUCGUGCUUCGGAUACUCCAUAUUACGAAAACGGUACGCUGCUCGAGGAUAUACCAGUUUACGGUAAAAGACAUAAUCCAUGGGGAGCCCAUCACCAACAACAACAACAACAACAGCAUCAGCAACAACAGCAACAACCGCAACAAACGGAAAACUCUUCAUCUUAUUGCUGGUAUCAUCCACUUCACGCAGCAGGUGGAUCUAUUCAAGGCCACGGACACGGACAUGGCCACGGGCCUAGUCCCAUACCACCGAGCUUGGUUCAAAUUAACCAGAUAAACGCUUUCUCGACGCCCCAUCAUUUGUCCCAACAGCAACAACAGCUGAAUCACGUUCAAAACGGUUCUAGCUUCGACGACGAAUGGAAAAACAUACACGUUAUGUUGAACUGUAUUCUUGGCAUGGUAGAGAAGACGAAAAGAGCUUUGGCUAUCCUUCAAAGACGAGGCUGUUCCAGUCCCGCAUCGACGCCUGUACAACCGGCAAACGUGAUAGCACAGAAUGGCAAUGCCAACAAUACUGCUGGCAAUAACCCUUCGACCAAUGGCGCUCAAGUGGAAUCUUCGACUGGUGACAGAGAUGGUAGUUUAAAACGUUUGUCUGGAGAAAUUGUUGCUCAAACUAUUCGAGCUACCGAGGAUAGGGUUGCCGAGGUGAAAAGAAGAGCAGAGGAGGCCGUAUUGGAAGUGAAAAGAGCAGCUGUUGCUGAAGUUCAAAGAGCAGUUGCGGUAGCGGUUGCCGAAUCGAGAGCAAGCGAACGUUUGAGAGUACAUAGACUUUUGGAUUUACCACUAUCUCAAAGAAGUCACGUCGGUGUCCGUCAAGCUUCUUUCGUUAGGGUUCACGGAAGUUCCAAUGUGGUGGAGACCAGUGGUAGAACCGCUCCAACACCUACAACUACUUCUAACUCGGCACCGUCCGCUACCGAAGAUGACAAAGAUACGCAUUUGACUAAUAUAGUAGGAUCGAGCUGUUGGAACUGUGGCAGACCGGCAUUGGAAACUUGUGGUGGAUGUGGGAUCGCAAGAUAUUGUGGUUCCUUUUGUCAACAUCGCGAUUGGGAAGCUGGUGGACAUCAUGCAACGUGCAAUAAUCCUUUACCACGAGAACCUCGAAGAUCGUCUUCGCGUAGUCCACCUAGAAUCGGUACAGCUAACGUAACAGGAAGUAUUAAUGACGCGGAAGGUUCGACCGUGUCGGCAACCACAGCAAAUACCAUCUCCAAAGGAAAGUGACGACAUGAGGGAAAGAGUCACGUACCACUACGAUUAGCCAGACCGAUCUAUUUCGAUCCACGUUGAUAUUCCCUACCAGAAAACUCAGAGAGAUUUCUUACUUUGUUAAGGACUCUGCUAUAUUUUCCUCUCACUUUCAUACUCUUCUUCCUUCUUCUUCCUACUUCUUCUCUAUUUUCUUUUCAAAAGAUUUUCUUUUAAAGUAUGGAUUGUGUUUUCAGAAUACGAUUGAUACAAGGAUGCAUUUUAUUAUCCUAGUGAUUUAUUAUUCUUAUCGUAAGAUGAAUUUGUUAAAUACUUUUAUGUUAUAUAUCGGAGAAAAGCUAUAUCGAAAAUGUUGAGUAAUCAAAUAAGUUACGAUUCGCCUUGUAAGAUCAUCUUCUUGAUAAUGCGAUCAACUGGAAAACAAAACUAAUCCUUGUAUAGUUCUUGUAAAUACCAUGUUAAUUAAAUGUAAUAGAAAUGUGUGGACGUAUUCGAAUACGUAUGACGUUUGUUGGGUAUGACGAGCGUCCUAGGCUUCUACCAUUAGUCAUCUAUGUUGCUAAUUAAUAGUCAACGAUUUACAUUGUAAAUGUGCAUGCACUUCGAACGAAAAAUUG